AUGCAUAUCCCUGAUGCUAAAAGAAAUAAAUUUGAUAAGAAAUCAGCUAAAUGUGUAUUCGAUGGAUAUCUAGAAAACACCAAAGGAUUUAAACAAUACAAUCUCGAAAAGAAAGCAUUUUCUCACAGUCGAGAUGUCAUAUUUGAAAAAAGGAAAUUUCACGAAUUCAAGUCCAAGGACAGUUUCGAGUUUUACUGCAAGAAUGAUGAUAACAAGACUACUAAAAUCGACGCAAUUAUCAAUAAAGAAUAUCAUACGGGAAAAACUGCAAAUGAAAAGGAUCAUCCUGAAGAUCCAAUGUUCCAAUACCAUCGUCCAGUUGGAGCCACGUAUGCGGAUAACUUUCUAAGAGAUAUGGAAAGACUCGACGUCCAAAGAUUUAAAGGUAGACUGGUGACACAAGGCUACACCCAUUUACCAGGUAUAGAUUAUGAAGAAGUGUUGUAA